CGGGGGCGGGGCCAGGUCGGGCUUUCCCAAGGCUGCAUGCUCUUGGUGCCCUGUCUGGCUGUCCUCGGUCCAUCUUCCUCUGUUCCCACCCUGAGGCACCACGGGCUGGGGUCUGCGCCCACUCUCCAAGACAGUGCUGGGGCCAUGGUCUCCACUGUUUCUCCGUGGUUUAUCUUCGAGUUUCUGUCCCAUGCCCACACUCUCCAGGGCGCUGUGAGGCUGGGGUCUCUGCACACAUCCCACCACCCUGUUCUGCCUCCCCCAGGGCGCUGCGAAGCCAUGCGCAUGCUGCUGGCUGAUCAGGGCCAGAGCUGGAAGGAGGAGGUGGUGACCAAGGAGACCUGGCUGCAGGGCCCGCUCAAGGCCUCCUGUCUGUAUGGGCAGCUCCCCAAGUUCCAGGACGGAGACCUCACCCUAUACCAGUCCAAUGCCAUCCUGCGACACCUAGGCCGCACCUUUGGGCUCUACGGCAGAGACGGGCGGGAGGCGGCGCUGGUGGACAUGGUGAAUGAUGGCGUGGAGGAUGUCCGCAGGCGCUGCAGCUGGCUCAUCCACCAUGGUGACGAGGAGGGCAAGGCCAAGUAUUUACAGGAGCUGCCUGGGCACCUGAAGCCUUUCGAGACCCUGCUGACGCAGAACCAGGGGGGCCAGGCCUUCAUUGUGGGCGACCAGAUCUCCUUCGCGGACUACAACUUGCUGGACCUGCUGCUGAAUCACCAGGUCCUGGCCCCUGGCUGCUUGGACUCCCAGCCCCUGCUCUUGGCCUAUGUGGCGCGCCUCAGCGCCCGGCCCAAGCUCAAGGCCUACCUGGCCUCCCCCGAGCACGUGAACCGCCCUGUCCAUGGAGCCCAAAAGAUGUGAGCCUACUCAGCCUCCCCUGGGAGAAAAGGCUGCCCUUUACAGCCAAUAAACAUCGAGAGAGGAAAG